GGGCGGAAGGUGCGUCUGCGCCACAUUCGCGACGGCCAGGAGCUGCCACCCAUCGCAGCGGACAACAACUACGAUUACAACUACCAGGAAUACCGCCGCCUGCAGAAGCCUGUCAAGGUCUACCCGGGCGACCAUCUGAUGACGGACUGCGUGUACAACAGUAUGGGCCGCACCACCAUCACGCUGGGCGGGCUGACGACGCGCGAGGAGAUGUGUCUGGCGUACGCGCUGUACUUCCCGCGCGUGGAGCUGGCGCUGUGCCACAGCCUGCCCUCGCUGCCCACCGUGCUGCACUCGCUCGGCAUCCAGGAGCUCUGGCAGUUCGGGGAUAUUCCGACAAUUCUUCGUUUCAAUCUAGUUACUCAAGAUGAAAACUAA